UACCGGAAAUGGGAGUGCGCUGGCGUGAGUGCGUGCUGGUGGUAUGUAAGCGUGUUUUGACAGUGUUUGGUCAGUUCAUUUAAUUCGUAAAUUUUGUUGAGAUAUAUUUAAGGAUUCGGGCGUUUUCGUUUAUUGAAGUUAGAGCACCGCGAUGUAUCAGGUUGUACCAGGGCAGUUUGAUGAUGCGGACGAGACGGGAAGUGAGCCUGAAAUCGGUCAAGUCUCUGACAAGCUCUCCCUGGAGAACCAACUGGAUGAAGUUACUUUGCAAACCUUCGUAAAUGAUAAGCAAGGUGGAAAUGAGGAGGACUAUGAUGAUGAGGAAGACGAGGAUGAUGAUGAUGAUGAAUGGGACUGGAAUGAAUCAGGAGGAGGAGACUUUACCAAGAGAUACACUGCAAUGAGGGCUGGGAAUAAUUCACAGGCUAAUCGUCAAAGUUCUAAUAAAAAUUCCUUAAAAAUGUCCACUCCAUCAGACAAGGUCCUGAGGAAAUUUGAAAAUAAAAUUAACCUGGAUAAACUGAGCUAUGCUGAUUCUGUGAUCAAUAAAGUCACUGUGAUGCAAAAGCAGAGGGAAGCAGACACGUUUCGAGUAAAGGACAAAUCAGACCGAGCUACAGUUGAACAGGUUUUGGACCCCCGUACACGUAUGAUUCUGUUUAAAAUGCUCAGCAGAGGCGUCUUUUCAGAGAUCAACGGCUGUAUCAGCACAGGCAAAGAGGCAAAUGUCUACCAUGCAACUACUGCGAAAGGAGAAAGCAGAGCCAUCAAAAUAUACAAAACGUCAAUUCUACUAUUCAAAGACAGAGAUAAAUAUGUCAGCGGGGAAUUCAGGUUCCGCCAUGGCUAUUGCAAAGGCAAUCCUAGGAAAAUGGUGCGCACUUGGGCUGAGAAGGAAAUGAGAAAUUUGAUCAGACUACAGACCGCACAGAUUCCAAGUCCAGAGCCCAUCAUGUUGCGGAGUCAUGUUCUCGUCAUGAGCUUUAUUGGUCGAGACGACAUGCCUGCCCCUCUGCUGAAAAACGCUGUCCUUUCUGAAUCCAAAGCGCGGGAACUCUACCUCCAGAUCAUCCAGAACAUGAGAAUAAUGUACAGUGAAGCUCGUCUGGUCCACGCUGACCUUAGCGAGUUCAAUAUGCUGUAUCAUAACGGAGAUGCUUGCAUUAUCGACGUCUCUCAGUCUGUCGAGCACGAUCACCCUCAUGCUUUAGAGUUUCUUCGCAAGGAUUGCAGCAACGUCAAUGAUUUUUUCCAGAAACGUAAUGUGGCAGUCAUGACUGUGCGUGAGCUGUUUGAGUUUAUCACAGACCCCUCAAUCACAUGUGACAACAUUAAUCAGUAUCUGGACAAGGCGAUGGAGAUAGCAUCUGAAAGAACUGCAGAGGAAAGAUCCAAUCAGGACAAAGUUGAUGAUGAGGUGUUUAAGAACGCCUACAUUCCACGCACACUUAACGAAGUCACUCAUUAUGAGAGGGAUGUGGACACAAUGUCGAAGAAAAAGGAGGCUUCUUCUGAAGAUGCAAAUGGAGACAAUAUCCUCUACCAGACAGUGACAGGCCUCAGGAAGGAUCUUUCCGGUGUGCAAACGGUACCCUCAAUACUGGAAGACUCCACAAAAGAUGAUAGUUCUAACUCGGAGGAGGAGGAGGAUGACGAUGAUAAGUCAGAAGGGGAAGACACAGGGGAGGGUGGCAGUCACACUGAGGAAUCGCAAAUAGACAGAAAAGAAAGAAAGAAGAUGGUUAAAGAUGCUCAGAGGGAGAAAAGAAAAAAUAAAGUGCCGAAGCAUGUGAAAAAGCGUAAGGAGAAAGUUGCCAAAAUGAAGAAAGGAAGAUGAAUAUGGGUGAGAUGAAGGUGAACUGAGGUUAUAGCAGAAAUGCUAUUUGCUGACAAAAUGUCAGUCCUUUAACAAUUGUAAGCGCCUGAUAUCAGCGUCGUAUUUUUGAAAUGUUUAUUAAAAGUAUUCUUUUUAAUAAACUCUCUUUGAUGUA